UUCGUCUUCGCCCCUUAUUCAUUGUUCGCGCGAAAACCGAUCACUUCCCAUCUAACUUUAGUGAAGAUCAGACAGGAGCGAUGACUCUUUUUCACCAUGUUAUUGAUCGAGGGAUUUUAAGACGAAGAUGGAACGAUAAUCGUCGGGAUCUCCCCCUCUCAUCUUUACUGGAUGGAUUUCAGUGCACUCGACACGAUGAACAUGUUUCAUACGGAUCCUCAGCUGCUGCAGUGCCGCCCUUUGGAUGCACGUUUUCCUCUGCCCCCGGGCAUCUGAACAACGUUGCUGUUGCAAAUGAAGAAGGAUUUGUGACCAUCUUCAAUACUGGAGAAUAUAAGAGCUCCGUUCUGAAGGAGUGGCAGGCCCAUGAUAAUGCAGUGUUUGAUAUUUCCUGGGUUCCUGGCACCAACAGUUUGGUGACCGCCUCCGGUGACCAGACCGCACGUCUGUGGGAUGUUAUCACUGGCGACCUGCUGGGAACGUUUAAAGGACACCAGUGCAGUCUGAAAUCGGUGGCUUUCUCAAAGCAAGAGACAGCUGUAUUCAGCACUGGAGGCAGAGAUGGGAACAUUAUGGUCUGGGAUACAAGAUGCAGUAAGAAAGAUGGCUUCUACAGGCAAGUGAAACAGAUCAGCGGUGCCCAUAUGAAACCUGAAAGACACACGCCCCAAACAAAGAAGAGACGUGGAAUGGCGCCCCCGGUGGACUCCCAGCAGGGUGUGACAGUGGUUCUGUUCUGCGACGAUAACAGGCUCAUCUCUUCAGGAGCUGUUGAUGGGACCAUUAAAAUGUGGGAUUUGAGGAAGAACUACACUGCAUACCACCACAACCCCCACCCCCUGCAGACUUAUCCAUACCCGGGAUCCUGCACACGCAAACUAGGUUAUUCUGGUCUUUCUCUGGACUCCACCGGCUCAAGGCUGUUCUCCAAUUGCACAGAUGACAACAUCUACAUGUUCAACAUUAGUGGUUUAAAAACAACUCCAGUUGCCGUAUUCAGAGGCCAUAGUAAUUCCUCAUUUUAUGUGAAGUCCAGUGUCAGUCCAGAUGAUCAGUUUUUGGCCAGUGGCUCAAGUGACCAUCAUGCUUACAUGUGGAAGAUUGCUGACCCAAAACAACCUCCCAUCAUGCUUCAGGGUCAUAGCCAGGAAGUCACUUCAGUGGCAUGGUGCCCAACUGACUUCACCAAGAUUGCUUCAUGUUCUGAUGACAACACUGUUAGGAUUUGGCGCCUGAACCGCAAACCUGAUGGAGAAAACACUUCGAACAGAGAUGCAAAUGUUGUUGGGUGGACACUUCGUAAAAUCCAGACACCUACCAGAACACAUGGUCCUUUCUGCCCUGUUGUUGUCACUCCAGCCAAAAGUGCUAUGUUGGAGUCUGAGAGAUCUGCGUGUCUGCCUUCACCGCAGCCUGCUGCUUGUGCCCCAACUGGUGCUGAUCUGCCCCUCCCAUCAAACACAUCUGCUCCUGUGGCAAAACUCAAAAGCCCCAAAUUGGCCUCAUCCAUCCAGCAGUGGAUCAGCCGCGGCACUUCCCCAGCCGCCAGCGGCGCGUCUCCAUGCCGAAAGGUGCUCAAAGCUGUCCUCCAGGCAUCCUGCUCUGAACGUCGAGCCAAGCGACGACUGGAAACGGGUGAUGCUUCUGUUGUGGGAGAAGAGACUGACGGGGUAUCAGAAUUGUGUCCGGACGCCAAGAGGAGCAGGAGUUCAGAGAUCUCACACAGCUCCUCUAAAGAGAAUAAGCAUGCCGUGUUCAGGUUGCAAAGAGAGGGGAGUCUGAGCUCGGCUGUUCAGGCUGGUAAAGAGAACAGCUCACCGAAAAAGACUGACUGGCUCUCUGUGAUGAGCCAAAAACUCAAAGGAUCAGCUCAACCCAAAAGUCCUAGCAACAAGCGAGAGUGUUUAAGAACGCCCAGCUCCCCAGCAGCAGUCUCUCCACAUCCCAUAAAGGUCCUCUCCCCUUCACCAGCCCAAAAAGCAUCGCCCUCCAGACCUAUGAAAAAAAUCUCCAGCUACUUCACGAAAAGAACCCAAGACUGAACUUCCGGAGAUCUGAGACUGUUCAGUGGUGUAAAUUCUAGUCCAGGUCUCCUGGGAUUUAAGAGAACAUUUUAAACUUUGAAGAAUUUGCUGAUACAUCUUGUAUUUAUAUAUGUUAUUUGUAUAUUUUUACCUAGUUGUAUGUUUUUACAUAUGUACAAAUUUCAUUUCUUAGAAGAAAGGGUCGAAUAGAUGGAGAAUUAGGUGAACAUAAGAGAACUAGACUAAAUCGUUUGACGCCAGAAAUUAAACUAUACAAAAACGUUCAUGUCUAUGGUGCUCUUAAUGUGUAACUUAAAGGAAUAGUCCACCCAAAAAUGAAAGUUUUGACAUGAAUUACUCAAGCCUGUAUACAUUUCUUUGUUUGGUUUAACACAAAGAUAUUUGUAUGAAAGGUUAGCAACUGAUAUUCCUGAGACAUCGACUACCAUAUAUAAUUGCAAAUAUUUGUAUUGGUCGUUUUAACACAAAAGAUGUUUUGAGCAAUUUAGGAAAGCAAAAUGUUCUGGGGCACCUUUGACUACCGUUAUAAUUUUUCCUACUAUGGAAGUCAAUGAUGUUCCAGAAAUCUCAGUUGCUAACAUUCUUCCAAAUAUCUUUGUGUUCAACCAAACAACAUUUUUAUACAGGUUUGGAACAACUAGAGACUGGGUAAUUCAUGGCAGAUUUUUCAUUUUUGGGUGAACUGUCCCUUUAAGUCCAGACCCUUACAUUAUCCAACACCUUUUAAAGCUGUUGCAUUAUAAAUGUGUAGUUUUCAAAGAUUUGUAUAAACACUUCAUAAAACCUAUAUUAUUUGUAAUUUAAAUCUGUAAAGUCCUAUUUGAGCUUGUCUCCUAAAACAUGUCAUGAGUUUAUUGAUUGUAAAGCAGCACUUUACAUAACUAAUCCAAUUCCAAAUAGCCCCGAGCCUUUUAAAUAUUGAACCUCUAUAAUGAACUUCCAAAAUUCUCAAAAGAUUACACUCGAACAUUUUGCUCCCACAGUAAGAAUGACAAGGAACAUUGAGACAUAUUUCUUUAACUAUAUUCUUUGUACAGUACACAUUCUGUAGGUUUGUGUGGUUUAAGAAUUGUCUGGAAUCUGACCUGUCCUGUUUCUUACACCUUAAUUCAUUUUGCCUUGUAUUUUUGAGCACAUGUUCAGCACAUUGUAAUUUGUUCAUGUUAAGGGAUAGUUCACCCACAAAUGCCAAUUCUGUCAUCAUUUACUCAGCCUAAAGUUAUUUCAAACCGGUUUACGUUUUACUCUUCUAAACCCAAAAGAAGAUUUGUAGGAAUGUUUGUAACCCAACAGUUCUGGAGAACCAUUGACUUCCAUGGUAGGAAACAAAACUACAAUGAUACUCGUCAGUGCCUCAGAGCGCUUUGGUUUCCUGCAUAAUUUGAGGGUGAAUAAAUGACAGGAUUUUCAUUUGAGGUGAACUGUCACUUUAAGGGCCUGACUGCUCCAAACUGUUGAACUUUAAAUAGUUCAGUUGUUAUUGUAUUCCCAAAUAUGCCAUUUAAAGUAGUAUUGUACACAUUUCUCUGUGUAAAGUCAUAGUAUGUUUCAUUUCCACAGAUGUUUUGACAUGGUGCAUAAAUAUCUUAUUUUGCUCA